AUGGCGUCGUCGGCCGCCUACGAGCUUCGAAGCUUGGAAGGCCGCGGGCAAGGCUUGGUGGCCAGCAAAGACGUUCGAGCGGAGGAGGUCAUCUUCGAGGAGCUGUCGCUGGUGACGGUCAAGACCUGGAUGAUCCUCAGUGGUGUGGUGGUGCUGCGCCGCGAGAAGGUGGAGCAGAAGUACCAGGCGUUGCCGGACGCCGCGCGGCGCUGCUAUCGCUCCCUCCACCCGCUGCUACUGGGCGCAGAACCCGCGGAGCCGGCGGCAGAACCGGCGGAGUUGAGGCCCGAGGAGCACUUGAAGGUCUGGGACUCGUGUGGCUUUGACUUCUGCGACCUCGAGGACACGCAAUGGAACCAGGUCUUGCAUUUGAUGAUUUGUCCCACACUGCUGAGUCUGGCGUGUGGAGGUGCUUACGCCUAUCGCGCACACGGGCAAUACGUGAGAUCCAUCUUGGCGGCGGGGGUGCUCUUCUUCGCCAUCCUGGGGCCCUUCUGCGCGAAGCUCUUCUACUUCGGCUCACAGGGCCUCUUCGUGACGGCUGCCAGGUUGAACCAUAGCUGUCUACCCAACUGCGAAGUGCGGAUUGAGGGCAAGGGACGGCCUGCGAAGAUGGUCCUUUGCGCCAAGAAGCAGGUGAAGAAGGGCCAGGAGCUCACCAUCGACUACAUUAAAGAGCUGGCGCACUUGGAGCCCUCUGAGCGCCGCAAGCUCCUGCAGCAAGACUAUGGCUUCCUGUGCCGCUGCCCCAAAUGCCUGGCCCUGGACCGCGCGGUUGCAACUGCGGAGGAGGAGGAAGAGACGUGA